CUUUGAGAAGGCCAGGUCCUUCCCUGGCAGACCUAAGUGGCACAUCCUGCAUUGGCCUGGGCCCUUAACCCUGGAUUCGAGGUGUCCCGGCCCCCUGCUGGCCUGUGACUGUCCCCAACUGGAUGGAGCCAUGGCUCCCACCUUCCUGCUGUUACUGCUGGGGCUGCUGUGGUUCCAGCGCCCUGUCUCAGGUGUCCCUGCCGAGAACGUGUACACUAAAGUCCAGCACUUUGAAGGGGAGACUCUGUCUGUGCAGUGCUCCUACAAGAGCCGCAAAAACCACAUGGAGGGUAAGGUAUGGUGCAAAAUCAGGAGGAAGCGGUGUGAGCCUGGAUUCGCCCGGGGCUGGGUACAGGGGACGCGCUACCAGCUGCAGGACGAUCCCAAGGCCAAGGUGGUCAAGAUCACCAUGGCGGCCCUCAGGCGCCAGGACUCCGGCAGGUACUGGUGCAUGCGCAACAGCUCAGGAACCCUGUACCCCCUGACGGGUUUCCUGCUGGAAGUGUCUCCAGCCUCCACAACCAGGAGAAGCACUCCUCUUAGACAGCUGGCCAAUAUCCUCAAGAGCAGAAUUGUUGUCACAUCGGGCCCAGCCCCCACCUCAGGCUCUGAUGCCCCUUUCACCACCAGCAUGACAGUUUUCACACCUGGCCUCCUCACCUUGACCAGUCUCGUGCCCCCGACUGCCUCAGAGUCCAUCAGACUGACCUCCAUGACAGGCUUCAGCUUCACCAGCCCUGGCCCUUCUACCAUGGGGCCCAGGAGGACCGUGGAAUCCCAGACAGUGACUGUGUCUCCAAGUGAUGCCAGAGCCUCCUCUGCUGCCCCAGCAUCCAUCUCCACCAGGGCUGGGCAUCUGCACACCAGAUCACCCACCACAGGAAUGUGCCAGACCGGCGGGUCUCUCCUCAACAAAUUAUCCCCUGUCAGGCACCAGGAUUCGUAUUCCAUUGUGCUCCCAGGGUUGCUGAUCUUCCUCCCAGUGUCUCUGAUGUUGAUUGCGGUCUAUGGGCUCUGGAAGAAGAGACACAGGGGAAGCUACAGGGUGUGCAACAAUCCUGCUAGACCCUGGAGGGACCCACUUGGAAGACUGGAGCCUCCAUGGAAGCCUGCUUGGUCUGAGGCAACUUAACUAUGGAUUGCGUGAGCUCCUCCUGGAGGGGCCUUUGGAGGCCAGAGGAGGAUGAAGACGGGGGCCUUUUUGAACUGGAACCCAGCUGAGGGCUGAGGACUUGCUCAAGGCUGGACUCAGGCCUCUCUAGAACCAGAGGCUGCUCUUGGCCCACUCAGUCCUCUUGGGCUGCCGGGGGUCUGGAACAGCCCCCAGAUUGGGGGUACCAGGCAGAAAACCCCAGGGGAAGCCACCGAGGGGAAUCAGCUCAGAGCCGCAGAGCCCUGGGUCCCCUCUGGGUGGUGGGGAAGACUUGACGGUGCUGUACACAGAGAGUUCUGGUCCUGUGGGCCUCAGAACCCCUUGCUAUGGAGCAGAGGGGAGCGGACAGGUGAACAGCUGCCCUCUCCCCAUCUGGAACCCUGUGUCCUCAGCUUUCCUCUGCUCCCCUCAAGCUUCCCCAUGUGCUUGGGGAAGAAAGAGUCCCAGAGGCAAUCAGUGUCCCAAGGGUCCUACCAUGGAGGGGAAGGAACAGCGACCAAGAGCUGGAGGUCCACAGGGGUGUUGGCAGUAGGGGACCCCAGCGCAGUCCCCCCAUCCCCAGAGUCCUGUGACCUCUGAUGGGCCUCUGGAUGUGUCCUGCCCUGACUGCAGCUGCUUGUCACUCAAGUCCUGGGAACCAGCAGAGCCCACCCUCCCACUGGUGCUACCCAUUGGCCAGCUCUCCAGGGAAAGCUGUGACCAGGCUUCCCAGAGCUGCGUGGUGUUAGGACCAGCCUGUCCCCAGACUGGUGUGUAGAGGCUGCACUCAGGGCCCUCUCCCCCAGUUCCCAGCUCCAGGUCUGAGCUCCCAUAGGAGACUGAGAGCCCUCCAGAGUCCACUGCAGGGGAGGCCACGGUUCAGAGAAGUAGUAGAUCAUCUGCCUUCCCCUGGGACUCAUCAUCCCCUGGGAAGAGAGGAGCUGCUUGUGAUCCAGCAAGGACAGCUUGGAGCAGAGCACAGCCUGGAGGAACACCUGGGUGGGGUAGGGGUAGGGAGGAUGGUGCUGAGGAGCCUCGAUGGGGGCCCAAUGGCCCUAGGAGUCUGGCCUCAGCUUCACUGGCUCCUGGCUCAGACUUGGCCUCUUCCACAGUGAGGGCUGGAGAAUAUGGGCUGGCUUUGUCCCGUGGAACAGGGGCUCCACCAGCCUGAGCACCUGGAAUAAGCCCCCAGGGAUUGAUGUGACAUCUUCACUCCCCACCCUGGGACAGGGACCUCCCAGGUGGGGGAGCAAAUGUCAUAGUCAGGAGAGUGACACAGCUCAGGCCUUGAUGGGUAGCUGGGGGACCACUCCAGAAUGGAUGUGGGGAGAGAGGAAGGGGCCGGAGAUAAUCCCGGGGGACAGCACGGAGGAGGCACCUCUUUCCUAUGUCCAGGAGAGGGCACUAGAGGAGAGACUCAGAUUGAGGAACUAACAAACCUGGUGCCAGGACACAGACACACACACACACACACACCCAACCCAACC